AUGGCAGCUUUAAAAUAUGUACGUGAACUUCAAUCUUUCCCUUUUGAGGAUUACAAAGAAGAAUUGUCACAUUUGAUGUUUGUUGUAAUUUCAUACCCUCAAAAGGGCCCAUAUGAAUAUUUAUUUCAUUCUGGUCGUUGGUUUGGGUUAGAAGAGGAAUUGGCACAAGCAUUAACUGAUUAUCGAAGUUCCUUGACUGCAAUCCUCUCAGCUGGUGCAAAAACUGUUCCCUCUCUUCUAACAAUGCGUGCAUUUCUUUCUUCAGCCCGUCCAGGAAGUACGUCAACAUUGUCUGAUGAAUUGCCUUGUAAUGUGCCAAUCCCUGAACAAGUUCAUUCUUCUUUUUGUUGUCCAAUAUUAAAAGUGCAGAGCACAGAAACGAAUCCGCCUGUUAGACUUUGUUGUGGACACGUAAUAAGUAUGGAUGCUAUGAAUAAAUUGGCACAACAAAGCAGAAAUAAUCGUUUAAAAUGCCCCUAUUGUCCAUUGGAAUCUGUUCUACAAGAAACAAAAGUUUUACAUUUUUGAGAUUUUAUUAUGGAUAUAGAUUAUAUCUGUAUUUUUUGGUAUUUUUGGAUAUCCUGUAUCCCCUAGUUGUAGUUUUAAAGUUUUCAUUGAGAAAGAAUUUUUUGAUUUUAUUAAUGUCUCUCACUCAUUUGAAUAUGU